GCAAAGACUAAGCAAUAAGUUUGACUUUGAGAAACUCAGUAGAGCAUGGGCUUGUGUUUUCCUUUUGCAGUUAUUAUCACAAGCUGAUAAAGCCACAAGUGCGUGUUUCCCCGGUGUUAAAUAACUGCUAUCGAAGUGGGCCAUUUCCAGGGAGCAGGAUUUGAAAUCCUUCACUUAGCAUUCUUGAUGGAGUCCUAUAAAGUCAGUGGCCUUCCAAAUAGUGGACUACAGUCAAGCUACACUCACCCUGCACGUGCAAGAGGCCAAAAUAACGGCAGCUAUGGCCUCAGUAUCAGGGUCCAAGGCAUAGACGGACACCCAUACGUUGUUCUGAAUAAUCAAGACAGAGGGCUAAACCCUUAUGCAGCCUCCAGCACUAGUAAUGGGUACAAUGACUCUGAAGGGUCCUUCAUUGAUAACUUUCAGGAAUAUGACUUCAGAGCAACCAGGGAAAAGAGCCCCGAUAACCCCUUUGCAGAAUACCGAGCCCAGCAUCAGGUUCCACAUGUCAAUCCUUACAACGAUAUCUCUGAAUCCAGAGACGCUCAGGCAAAGAAGCCGUCCACUCUGCUAAACUUCCAGAAGCAUCCAGAGAUCCUCAAGCCUUAUGACCCAGAGCGCAAUGCCCUUGGUACCUUCCACAACAUUUCACCUCAGCCUUUUUCCGCUACUCAGAAUAAAAAUAAAUAUCCAGGAUCUCUACCAAGAGCAAUCUCCCCGGGUUCCAAAUCAUCCACCCUAGAACAACCCAAAAGCACAGAUCCACCGGCACAGGACACAAAAAAAAGGGCACAGCCACAUGCCCCUCCUCAAACAUUCCCAGCUGGAGUCCGGUCUCAAAAAGAUUUAUCUAAAGGCCAAGCCCAGACUCAACCUCAGUCUCAAGCUAAACCUCAAGUCCAAGCACAAUCCUCAGUUAAACCUCAAUCCCAAUUUCAGCCACUGUCUACUUUUCAGGUUCCCUCCCAGGUAUCGCAGCAUGGCCAGCGGUUUCAAGUUCCUCAGGUAUCUUCUACCACCAGUGUUCCCAGUGAGCAGUCCUCCUAUAGGACUCCAAGUACAACAAGCAGCACAAACUCCAGUCUCGAACGAAGGCACAGAGAGCCAGACAUACUUCCCUUACGAAGAACUGACUCCAGUGGACCUGUGCUUCAGUCCUCUCGCUCUCGUAAUUCUUCUGUAUCCUCUACCACUCCUACCAAGGAAGAGCAGCUUGAGGCACUAUAUGGGGACAGCAUAAAUCGCCAUAAGAACCGCCGCUAUAUCCCUUUCCUGCCUGGAACAGGCCGGGACAUUGACACAGGCUCCAUCCAAGGUGUAGAUGAGCUUAUCAGUAAGUUUGAUGGAAAAGAAGGCCAGCAGAGGCGAGGACGCAGUGGUCGGAGGAAUCGUAUUAACCCAGAAGACCGCAAACGUUCCCGUAGUGUGGAUAGUGCUUUGCCUUUUGGCCUGCAGGGAGACACAGAGUAUCUGGAUGAGGUGAGCCGUAACCGUGGAAGGUCCACUGAGCAUCUACUCAGGCCCUCACAACUUCUGCAGAAGUCCCCGUUUUCCUCUGUUGGACGUAGGACAGCCUAUAGAGAUAUGGCACGUAUCAGCAGUGAACCAGGCUCUCCACAAGGAGCAAUGCCAAGCGUUACAGAUUCCAUCCUAGUCCAUAAGAAACCACUGAGUCGGCCCUCCAUUCUGCCUGUGGAAAACAAGACAACAGAUGCUAAGAAAAUAACACAAAACACUAAGAUUGUGACCAGUGUGGCAACAAUGUCUUUGUCCAAAACUCUUCCAAACUGCAAUAAGAAGACAAAUGAAAUGGUUGCUGAGACAACACCUGAUCUUCUGAAAGGCCAACAAGAGCUGUCGCAACAAACGCAUGAAGAGACUGCGAAGCAGAUCUUAUUUAAUUACCUCAAAGAUGGGAGCAAUGACAGCGACGACACUACCAAGAGGAAGGUCAACCUGGUGUUUGAAAAAAUCCAGACACUGAAGUCAAGGGCCACAGGAAGUGUCCAAGGGGACAACAAAUCUCCAGACCUUUCAGCCCAGGCCAAAGUCCUGCAGGAGCAGAAGGCAGAACUGGAAAAAGAGGUCACAAGUCUCAAAAAGCAACUGGAUGAACACAAGAAACAAAAGGGGCUCAGUGAGACGCAGGAAAAGGCUGGAGCUGGAAUCAGAAAACUGCAAAAAGAGCUGGAGUUUAAUCAAGCGCAGUGUGACAAACUGCAGGACAAGCUGGCCAAAGCGGAGGCUGACCUACGCACCACACUGGAAGAGCUUUUCCAGGUGAAGAUGGAAAGAGAACAGUAUCAGACAGAGAUCAGGGAUCUGCAGGACCAGCUCUCAGAGAUGCAUGAUGAGCUGGAUGGAGCCAAACGCUUGCAAUUAAACCAUAUAGAGAAGGAGUCCUUGAUGCAGGACCUCAUGCAGUUGAAGUUGGAUCUCCAGGAAGUAGUGAUGGUGAAAGAGGAGCAAGAGGAAGUGCUGAGGAAGCGCGAGAGGGAGCUGACCGCUCUAAAGGGGGCGCUAAAGGAGGAGGUGGCUUCUCACGACCAGGAGGUGGAUAAACUAAGGGAGCAAUAUGAAAAGGAGCUCUGUAAACUGAAGGCAUCUUUGGAGGAAUUUAAGCAGAGUAAUGCAGUGGUGUUUAAAGAGAAGUCGGAGGUGGAGGCUGCAAAGGGGGCGGCAGAGGGCCAGGCAGGACGGCUCUCUCAGGAGGUCGAGCGGCUGAGGAGGAGAGUGCAAGAGCUGGAGAAUGAGGUAUCCAAACUCAACCACAUCAUCAAUGAGGCCAAGCUGCAGGAGAGCAGGCUAGAGGAGAAAGCCAGACGUCUGGAGAAAGAGAAGAGGCAAGUUGAGGAGUCUCUCAACGAGGUCAAGGAAGAAGAACAAGAAAUGAGCCGUGCAAACCGAGCUCUGACGGCACGCUUCGAAGACGUGCAGAGAAACUUGGCCAAACUGACACAGGAGCACAGAGACCUGGAGGAACGUCUGAAGGAAGAAAAGAGUCAGAAGGAGCAGUUUAAAAACACAAAGAACGAGAUUGAGGAGGAGAGGAGGCUGCUAGACAGGACUAUGGAAAAGCUGCAAAGGGAGAUGUGUGAGAUCGUGGAGGCAUCUCAGAGCUCCACGCAGGAGCUGCAGGAGCAGAUCGAUACCUACAAGGAGAAGAACAGGAGGGAGCUGGCUGAGCUCCAGAGGCAGCUGCGAGAUGGAGGUCUGGAGCUGGAGAAAUCGCGCAUCACUGCCAAGUCUCUGCAGGAGGAGGUGGGCCAGUUGCAAGAAGACCUACGGCUUUAUAAGAGAGAGAGAGACGAAGCACAAGAGCGAGCGAAAGCUUUGCAACAGACGGUCUUUAAGCUAGAGGUGGAUGCAGACACCAAAGUGUCGAAUAACGACAAUGCCAGACAAAUCAAACUGUUAGAGGAGCAGAUAUCAAAUCUGGAGAUGGAACUGGAUGAGGAAAGACAGAACGGGGAUCUGCUGAUGGAAAGAAUAGAUCGAGGCAGGGAACAGAUGGAGCAGUUGAGGAGUGAGCUGCUGCAGGAGCGAGCCAGCAAACAAGACUUGGAGUGUGAUAAGAUUGCCUUGGAAAGACAGAACAAAGACCUGAAAAGCAGAAUAUCUCAUCUGGAGAACUCACAGAAGUCUACUAAAGAGGGGCUCGUGGUCCAGCUGGAGAGCCGUAUCCAGGAGCUGGAGGAGAGGCUGGAAACAGAAGAAAGGGACCGUGCAAACCUGCAGCUGGUGAACCGUAGGUUGGAGCGUAAAGUGAAGGAGAUGGUGAUGCAGAUGGAUGAAGAGCAGCAUUCCCUGCAGGAUCAGAAGGACCAGCUGAACCUGCGUCUGAAGGCUCUGAAGAGGCAGAUGGAUGAGGCAGAGGAGGAGAUCGACCGACUGGAGCACAGCAAAAAGAAACUACAGAGGGACCUGGAGGAGCAGCAGGAGACCAACGAGCAGCUCCAGAAUCAGCUCAAAGCAUUACGCAAUGAGAUGAGACGAAAGAGCAGCUCGGCUCCUCUCAUUAACAAGAUGGGUGAGGAUGAAGAUGAUGAUGAUGACGACAUCAGUACUGAUGGCGAGACCUACUUCAGGUCGUCGUCAGGGUAUAAACGCUCCAGCAGUCAGGACGCGAUCCUCAACGCCUUCUCUCUCUGAGUGAGGACUGAGAAAGGCUGCUCUACAGUACCUGUGUUUAAUGUAACGUAAUGACUUGUAAGUGCAUUUAUAAAAUAUCAAAUUACAUCCUUUUGAAGCUGUGACUAUUAAAGCAACACAAGUCAAAUGUUGGAUGAUGAUAAGGAUGAGUUCAAGUGUGGAAUUCUGUAAUUUAUUAAUCACAGGGAAUAUGAAGUAGUGAAAAUACUGAAGGACAGUAAAUACCACUGAACUUUUAAAUCUACAUGGGGUUACAAUACUCGUUUUUUUUUUUAAAUAUAUAUAUAAAUAUAUAAAUAAAAUGUAUCCGACAGACAGUUCAUUAUUCUUAUACAGCCAUCUUUUUAAAAGCAGUUUUAACGUCUCUUCUCUUUCUCUCCAAAUGGAAACUGUUUUAUGCUGCUCUGCCUCUUUUGUCCUUUUUUUUUUGCUUUUGCAGUUUCUUAUUAACGACCUUUGACCUCUGAGCUCUACUGCACACUCAUGCAAAAUGUAAAAUAAUAAAAGCCCAUGAUGUGAACCGAGGUUUCGACAUAGUGUGUUAUGAAGUGGGAAGCAGCUUUGUUCCUGAGGCUAAAAACCAGUGUUAUAACUGUAAUAUAAACAACUUGACUCAUAUCUCACACAGUGUUUUUCAUAUUUGACACCUUUUGCAUUUAUCUGUAUCUAUGGGAGCUUAAAAUCUGCAUUUGUGUUAAAGCAGUGGAUAUGUUUAGUGUUUUAUUUGUUUGAAUUAUUUGUCAAGUCAGCUCCAGCUCCUGCUAGUAUGACAGUCCCCCCCUUCUCAGUCAAGUUAGCGUGUGUGUGUGUGUGUGUGUGUGUGUGUGUGUGUGGGUGGUUGUGUGAUAAUAUGAAACUGUGGAGUGGUUGUACAUCAUGAAGCACAGUAUCCACUUUUUAUUCAUUUGCAGGAACAGAGAGAACAAGAAACAGAAAGCUUCAGAUUGAUAGCUCGCUCAGGUGUGCAGGUGAAAAUAAUUGUUCUUUUUGGAAAAGUGAAGGAAUUUCAGAAUGACUGUUAUCUUCAUGUGUGAUCUCUGUGAUUUAUUAAUUUAGCCCAAAGGUCCAGUAGUUCGUUCAGCUUAUUCGGUCUUCGUGGGGUGAGUUGGUGUUAGAAUAGAGAAAGCACAAGCCUCAGUAUUGUUGCGGCCCUGCAGACCUGAAGUCUGACACUCCCGGUUUAAACAAUGACGGACAGAAAGGAACUUGAGCAACCUUUAUCACUGAGCAGGAUAAACUCUUCUGUUUGAUCUGGCUUGACUGUAGUCCACUAUAUAUAUCCACUGCUAAAGCGCUAACGUGAUUUAUUAUGGGAGUCGUCCUCUGUCAGAUUUAUUACAUAUUUCUGUGUUGACAAUCAAUCAAUCUGUUUUUUUUCCUUUUUGCAAUACACUGAUUAUUUGCACUGUAUGUUGUAUUGAGCGUUUUAUUUUUUAUUUCUGAGGCCUAAAGGAACAUUCCAUGUAAAAAUCCCUAAUUUGUGAUUCCUUAGUGUGAAGGAAUUUGCCCAGCAUGCUAAGCGUUUCACUCUGUAGUUGAGUAACUCAUGCCUUACUUUUUUGUUCAGUAAGGCAUUGCUUUACAUAACGCCAGCUAGGUAUGGGGCCAACAUUGACUCUUGCUCGGCUGUUAGUGCGUUUUAAAUGCUGUCCACAUUCCUCCACAUUAUGUUCACAGAAUUCAAGGAAUCACAUCUUAUAUAAAAGGUUUUUGUUUGAAUUGUACCGUCUGAGUUGCCAGUUUAAUAGAAGAAAAUGCUGUUGGUCUUAAUGGGCAGGAAAACAGAAUGAAUCCUGCCGCUACCUCUAUGUAUGCAUUUAUAUUUUGUAGACUAAAAACAGGAAAAAUGAAAUAAAACUACAAAUAGUUAAUCACA